AUGGAACAUUUGUAUGUGGAUAAUAUCCUACUUCGUGCGAAUACAGUUGAAGAAGCACUGCACAAAAUGUCCCGUUCUGUUUGGGAAUACGAAAACAGAGUAGUGAGCCCUGACCCCACAGCGACCGAUGAAUCAAUCGAUGUAGCAAGAAAGUGCCGAGUAAUUAAGGCACCCACCAUAUCAUUACCAAAAUUCCAUGGAAAUCAGGAAGAAUUCUCUGAGUUCUGGGCGAUUUUCGAAACACUUGUGCACAAUAGCACUGAGAUCAGCCAAAUAGAAAAGAUUGUCCUUCUUAAGGAGAGUCUCAAGGGACCGGCUGAGAAAGUCAUAAGAGGCAUACAACCGGUACCCAAAAAUUACCCGUGGAUGGUAGAAACCAUCACAAAGAGAUACUCAUACCAGCCAAUAAAUCCGAAUAGUUCAAAACUUUCGAAAUCUAAAAACCAGCAUCUAAAAAAACGAAAGCUA